AUGGCAGUUUUACCUGUGACAAUUUUUAUCGGAAUGGAAGCUUUAAUUGGAUUUGUUGGAAAUAUUUUGAUUUUAAUCAUAUACGUUCGGCGCCGUGAAAAGAGCAAUUUUCGCUACUUUAUCAUAACGAUGGCCUGUAUUGACUUUACAAGUUGUAUAACCGCAUUACCAUUGGAAGCCUUCUCUCAAUUGCACUGGUACACGUACCAAUAUCCUUCGAUUUGCAAAUUGAAGUCAUUUUGUAACGUGUUUACAGCAUGGGCUUCUGCUUCUAUUCUGUUCCUUUUGGCGUUUGACAGACAUCGAAAAAUUCGGCGGCCUUUACAAUGGCAAAUACAACCAUCCUUUGCCAUUAGAUUGUGUAUAGCGUCAAUAUUUAUCUCAGCAAUUGUAGCAAUUCCCGUUGCUAUCUUAUGGGGAAAGCAAACUUACGAAUAUGAUCUGAAUGGAACAAAGAUAAACGUGUCUGUUUGUGAAAAGGAUCAAGCAUAUGCAGAUGACAUAUACCCUCUUUUAUACAUUGGGACAAUCUACAUUUGCCCUGUGUCUAUCAUGAUGGGUAUUGUUUGUAUUUUGAAUUUCAUCACAUCUAAAACCGUGUUUUGUGCAACAUCUGAGAUGACGAUGUCAGGCAAAGGUUUAUCGAAUAUAUCCCCGAAGUCAUCAAAUCAAUCACUUUCAGCGACAGGAACUUUGUCUACGGGUAUCAGCAUGAAUAACCAUGCGUUUAAGCAGUCAAAUUUUGACAUUAACUGUGAGUCUCAGAGACCUGUAAAAGACGACGAAACAUUAAGUUCACCACGUCUAAAUGAACUGAAGGAAGAUUGUACAUCAAUAAAUGUUUCCUACAUAACAAUGCGUGAGUUAGACCGAAACUCACCAAUGCUGGUGGUGUCACAGGCACAGAUCGACAUAGGAUUCGAUCUUACGACCACAAAUGAAAGUUCGACAGGCUCUCGAAAAAAGCUUCAGCAUACUUGUUCACAAAUGUCACAAAGCAGUCGAGUUUCCGACAACUCGAAAUUUAGUAACGUAGGAUCCAGAAUACGGGAUUCGCGACCAAAACAGAAGAUGGUGAUUAUGUUGGUAUUAACAUUAACAUUUGUUGUUACGAUGAUGUUGUAUGUGAUUCUGACGAGUCUUGUAGCGAAGAAGGAAAGUAUUUUAAACCAGCUCCGUAAUUCAGAGAAAGCAGUGUUUUUCUUAUUUUGGCGUUUGUAUUUUAUUAAUACUGUAGUGAAUCCAAUACUGUAUGGUAUUAUGGAUCCCAGGUUUCGAUCAGGACUUAAAACCCUUUUUAAACGGAACACGUUACCGUAAUUAGACCGUUGGUUUAAUUGAUAAAGUGUGGAAUAUGAAAACACCUUAUACACGACCAUGACAAUGACACGAAUUUAAUCGAACGCCCACAUUUAAAAGAUAUAGAGGAUAUUUUUUAUUUCAUUUAAAGGUCGUAUUUUAUUUCACGAGUGUCAUAGAAAAACAUGUGUUCACGAGUGGCGAAUUUAAUCGAACACCCUCAUUAUAAAGAUACGUUACUUUCGAAAAAACGACAUUAUGUUCAUCGGUUCCAUUUCAUUGGGGAUAACAAGGUGUGUCUAGUUCAAUUUGGAACAGUUUUAAAGACGAUCAUCACAACGACAGGAACUUAAUCGAAAGCUCUUGUUAAAGGA